CCCGCGCCCGCGACCGGCCCUGCCCGGCCAGGCCGAGGCCCGCGCCCCGCGCGCGGCCCCAGGUGACAGGUGGGUGGCGGGGCCGGCCCCAGGUGCGCGUCCCGGGCCGCGCUCCCCGCGCGCCGGGCCUGGGCCGGGGUCCCGGGCCGAGCGGCCUACGCGGCGGCCCCGCAGCCGGCGUCCUCUGCGCGCAGCGCCGCCGGCCCCCUCUCCCCGCCGCGGCUGGGUGACCCCGCUGGGCUCCGGAGGGCCGAGGCCCCUUCUCAUCCGGGGCGCGAGUCGCGUCUCUGCCCCCGGGCCGGCCCUGGCCUCAGGUCCCACUACUGUGAAUUCUUCGCCCAGGCUUCCAAAAAACUGGACGCGGGGCCUCGGCAGGCACCUGCACCCCGGGCCACCGGGGGCGUCAGGGGCCGGGAUGACUCCUGCCGGCCCUGUCUCCUUUCGAAGUUGCAAAGUGAGGCCUUCCAGAGAACUUUGUCCCCGACACUGGCCUCCCCCUUGGCAAUGGGCGAUGACUGUCUUGACCUCUGACCCCAGCUCUCUGGCCCUCGCGGACACAGCAGCCCCUUCCCAUCCCCUGGGAUCCGAGUUAAUCAGAAGCUGUCAGGAGGGGCCACCUCCCCACUCAGCCCUCACCCUGCUUCCUGUCCCACCCGCUUCCAGGGCCUUUCCACAGGGUCGGGUCCAGCAUCUCCUCUGCUCCCCAGCUCUCGGGUUGGGGUUCGCAGCAGCUCAGGCCCUCGGGGUCCAGCCUGGGGCAGCAGGGCGUUCUCUCUGGCCAGCAGCCUGGGCUCACUGCCGGUGCUUCUGACUCGUUUGGUUGAAGUGGUGGCCGCGGGUCAGUAGGCGGGACUGAAAGGCUUAGAGAGGUGGGGUGGGGGGCAGGUCAGCUGCCAAGAGGGUGGACAGGAGCCAGGUGCAGUGCUGGAGUGGGCCAGGGGUCCUCAGCCCACCUCAACGGGUUUCCGUCUGCGUCUGGUGAGGAUUCCAAGGGUGCCUGCCUGGGUGGGUGGGCAUUGCAUCAGGUCUGCCUGGGAAGGGAUGAGGGCCCCAGUGAGAAGCUGGGCCCCCCGCUGGGCCAGGUAGCCUGUGAGCCAGCAGCCUCACCCGAGACAUAAUUGGCCCCCGGAGGAGGAAUAUUGCCAGGCACCUCUCCCCGGGACACACCGCUCCCAGCUCUGGGUAGGAGUGCGUCAGCUUCAGCGGCACCUUCGAAGCUGCACACCUGUCAGGAAGGGGGUCUGGACGUUGGCGAGGGUCUCUGCGCAGGACUAGCUCCUCCCAAACUGAUGACGCCUCCUGGGUUGUCUGGGGAGACCCUGACAGGCAGCUCCCCCUGUGUCCGAAGCCCCCAUCACUUGCUUCCCAUGUUAGCAGAGCCACGGAGGCCAGGCUCCUCUUCCCUGAUCAGAGAGGGCCUGCGGAGCAUGGGGCUCCAGGAGCCCCCCGACGUGUUCACAGGGGACCCGUCAGGCUUCACGGAAUGUCCACUUGCUCUGCAGAGAUGACGGAUCCUUUCUGCGUUGGAGGCCGUCGGCUCCCAGGGUCCAGCAAGAGUGGUCCUGGGAAGGAUGGCGGCCGAAAGGAGGUCCGACUGCCGAUGCUGCACGACCCACCAAAGAUGGGGAUGCCGGUGGUCCGCGGUGGACAGACAGUGCCCGGCCAAGCCCCUCUCUGCUUUGACCCAGGAAGUCCAGCCAUCGACAAGACAGAAGGGAAGAAAAAGGGGCGGCCAAAAGCUGAGACCCAGACCCUCCGAGACAUUCCUCUCUCCCUGAUGAACGACUGGAAGGAUGAGUUCAAGGCACACUCGAGGGUGAAGUGUCCAAACUCGGGGUGCUGGCUGGAGUUCCCCAGCAUCUACGGGCUCAAGUACCAUUACCAGCGGUGCCAAGGGGGUGCCAUCUCAGAUCGGCUGGCCUUCCCCUGCCCCUUCUGCGAGGCCGCGUUCACCUCUAAGACCCAGCUGGAGAAACACCGGACUUGGAACCACUUGGACCGGCCCCUGCCUGCCCCCAAGCCUGGGCCCAUCAGCCGGCCAGUCACCAUCAGCCGGCCCGUUGGGGUCAGCAAGCCCAUUGGAGUGAGCAAACCUGUCACGAUUGGCAAACCCGUGGGUGUCAGCAAGCCCAUAGGCAUCAGCAAGCCGGUCUCGGUCGGCAGGCCCAUGCCGGUCACCAGGCCCGUGCCGGCCACCAAACCUGUCACCAUCAGCAGGCCCAUGCCGGUCACCAGGCCCGUGCCGGCCACCAAGCCCAUCACAGUCACCAAGUCUGUGCCGGUCACCAAACCUGUACCGGUCACCAAACCUGUACCUGUCACCAAACCCAUUACGGUCACAAAGCUUGUGACAGCCACAAAACCCAUGCCGGUUACCAAGCCAGUGACAGUCAGCAGGCCCAUUGUGGUCAGCAAGCCGGUGACGGUCAGCAGGCCCAUUGCCAUCAGCAGACACACACCGCCCUGCAAAAUGGUGCUGCUGACCAAGUCGGAAAACAAAGCACCUCGUGCCACAGGGAGGAACAGUGGUAAGAAAAGGGCUGCGGACAGCCUGGACGCCUGCCCAAUUCCACCCAAGCAGGCCAGGCCAGAGAACGGGGGGUACGGCCCCUCUGGCGUGGGCCAGAGCUCGGCCUUCCAGCUGAGUGCGGACACCAGCAGCAGGCCCUCAGGGGACCCAGAGGCACUGAGAGCUGCGGGCCCCGCGUCCGCCCCUGAGGAGGACCCUGAGCGAACAAAGCACAGAAGGAAACAGAAAACACCCAAGAAGUUUACAGGGGAGCAGCCUUCCAUCUCAGGGACCUUUGGGCUCAAAGGCCUGGUCAAAGCCGAGGACAAGGCCCGAGUUCACCGCUCCAAGAAGCAGGAGGGACCGGGCCCUGAGGACGUCCGGAAGAAGGUGCCAGCUUCCCCCAUUGCUGUCAGCAAGGAGGCACCGGCCCACCCAGCCCCAGGCGGCCCCGAGGAGCUGUGGCAGCGGGCCAUCCACGAGCGCGGGGAAGCCGUCUGCCCCACCUGCAACGUGGUCACCCGGAAGACUCUCGUGGGGCUCAAGAAGCACAUGGAGGUGUGUCAGAAGCUGCAGGACGCGCUCAAGUGCCAACACUGCCAGAAGCAGUUCAAGUCCAAGGCGGGCCUCAACUACCACACCAUGGCAGAGCACAGCGCCAAGCCCUCUGACAGCGAGGCCUCUGAGGGGGGCGAGCAGGAGGAGCGUGAGCGGCUGCGCAAGGUACUGAAGCAGAUGGGACGGCUGCGCUGCCCCCGGGAGGGUUGUGGGGCUGCCUUCUCCAGCCUCAUGGGCUACCAGUACCACCAGCGGCGCUGCGGGAAGCCGCCCUGUGAGGUGGACAGCCCUUCCUUCCCCUGCGCCCACUGCGGCAAGACAUACCGAUCCAAGGCCGGCCACGACUACCACGUGCGCUCAGAGCACGCGGCCCCCCCCCCCGAGGAGCCCACGGACAAGUCCCCGGAGGCCGAGGACCUGCUGGGCGUGGAGCGGACCCCAAGCGGGCGUGUGCGCCGCACGUCGGCCCAGGUGGCCGUGUUCCACCUGCAGGAGAUAGCGGAGGACGAGCUGGCCCGCGACUGGAGCAAGAGGCGCAUGAAGGACGACCUCGUGCCUGAGACUGCGCGGCUCAACUACACUCGGCCGGGGCUCCCCACGCUGAACCCCCAGCUGCUAGAGGCGUGGAAGAAUGAAGUGAAGGAGAAAGGCCACGUCAACUGUCCCAACGACUGCUGCGAAGCCAUCUACUCCAGCGUGUCCGGACUCAAGGCUCAUCUUGCCAGCUGCAGCAAGGGGGCCCACCUGGCGGGGAAGUACCGCUGCCUGCUGUGUCCGAAGGAGUUCAGCUCCGAGAGUGGCGUCAAAUACCACAUUCUCAAGACCCAUGCAGAGAACUGGUUCCGAACGUCAGCAGACCCACCUCCUAAACACCGGAGCCAGGACUCAUUGGUGCCCAAGAAGGAAAAGAAAAAAAAUCUGGCAGGCGGGAAGAAGCGGGGCCGAAAGCCGAAGGAACGGCCCUCAGAGGAGCCUGUGCCCAAGCUGCCCCUGCGCCGGGACGACUGGCCCCUGGGGUGCAGGGACAAGGGGGCCCGGGGCUCCACUGGCCGGAAGCUGGGAGCCAGCAAGGCGCCUGAAAAGUGAGCUUGGUGGGUGGGGCCCAGCCCCCACGCAGCCGCCACGCCUGGCUCCCUCGGGGCAGGGCCAGCCCCAGGACCUCCGUCCUCGUUUCCCCACCCCUGCCUCUUCAUCCGUCCGGAGGGGGCAGCCAGCCACUCUCCCUUCCCUGAAGGUGGCCCUUCCCUGUUCAGGUUGCCACAGGGCACACCUGGGUUGGGGCUCUCCAAGGUGUGCCCAGGAGAAGUGCAAUAGCCGGGAGUAGGGCCCCUCCCUGUGGGAAUGUGUCUGGGGUCUUGGGGCCUCGGGGGCUGCAGUGUGGAGCGGGCAGAUGGCCUUUGGCUCCCCUGCUCUGCUUCCUCAGGCCUUGAUGGGGCCACACCCUGGCUCCCCCAAGGCUCAGGCAUCCCUGGUAACCCGUGGUUCUGGGCUGGUCAGGGCACCUGAGCCACCGGGCAGCCAGCAGCCACCAUCCUGGCCCCACCUCCCCCAACACUGGAACUCCAGCACCCCCAGCUACCUCCCAGGACAGACCCCCGUCUGACCACUGCCAUGCUGAGCUGACCGGCUCCUGCCCACCCUCAGUCCCCCACUUUGUCCCCCUGCUUCUAUUCUCUACCUCUCCAGGCCUGGCCCGUCCCCCCACCCCUGCCCCUCCUCUGUCACUGCAAUCCCUGCUGUGCUCAGGCCCUGUCCCACAGGCCUGUCUAGUGCUCCCAGCUUGGGGUAAGGGAAGGGUUUUGCUUCUGUCACCUACAAGGCAGCAGGAGCUCGAUGCCCUCCAACACAGCCACCAGCCCUGGGGGUGCGGCCCCUGGAGUGUGCUCUGCCUCCAGUGUUCAGCCUUUGGGCACUGCAGGCCUAGGUUGGAGCAGCCUCAUGGAGUAGGGAUGGACUAAUUUGGGCCCUGGGGUCUUCCCGGAGCCCUUGGGCUGUGGGGUGGGAAGCUGAGCAGAGCUGGCCUGGCUCUGAGUGGCCACUGGGGGAAGGCAGCCUUCUGUCUGUGUCUGGGUAGGCCCAGUGGCCAAGCUCUCAUGGGAGCCCCCUUCUCACUUUUUUUUUCUAACCUGUCCCCGUUGUUUCUGGUUGUAUGGUCAUUUGAUACAGAACUGAAGGCCAGCCAGGGAGGGGCUUGGCCAAAGUCACAGCAGUUUGGUGGCAGCUCCAGAGGUGUCUUUGCCUCCUUUGUGGCCCUGAGGGUGGCUGGGUCUAUGGGUUCCACAGGGGUCAGGCAGGGAGUCCAGGGUGCUUGAAAGAGGUGGCCACGGCCUCUGGCUCCUUCCCUGGGCCCUGCCUUCCAACCACAGCAUUGCAGGGAGGAUGAGGCUCAGAGGGGGUGGGUUUGGAGGGAGGCCGUUUUCCAGGGUGGGUGGGAGUGGGCUGAGGGCUCAUCCCCACUGACCCUGGAUGAUGUGAAUUUUGAUGUUUGCCCGUGUGCGUGUGUCUCCUGGGUGUAGUGGAUGCCAGUCUUGUUGCUGUGACAAGUAACAACCUUUUUUUAAAAUUGUUUUUUAUACAAAAACUCACAACAAUCUGACAUUUGGUGCUAAGGGUUUCCUGGUGCAGAUGGUGGGCCUGGGGUUUGGGUCCCUUGCUGCUCAGGGAGGCGGUACUGGGUACUGCCUCUGCCCCCAGCACCUGCCCUCACCCAUCCCCCAGGGAGAAGGGGCCCAGCUGGGCUCGGCCUGGAGCAGUAGGGAGACAAGUUUCAGGAGCACUUUGGUUGCGGUGCGCUCCUGUCUCUGGCUUUAUCCUUCGGCCACAAGGCUCUGACCCUCAGCAGCCCUGGCUGGAUGUGCUAGGGAGGGAGUGUGGAGACCUGGACUCCCCCAACGCACACACACCUCGGGCUCAUGAGAGGAUGGAGUCUUGGAAAGAGUGGACGUGGCCAGCGACAGAGGGUCAGGGGAGGCUUUCCUUCCUGCGGCCCAGAGCUGCACGGGUGCGGCUGGAGCUGGAGGAGGGUGGGGUCUGGCAGCUGCUGCUGGGGCAGCCUCACGAGGGGAAGGGAGCAGGCACUGGCAGGGGGGCUAGGUGCACUUUGGCCUGGCGACCCAUGGCCGGAGGAGGUUGGACCUGAACACCUCUGCAGGGUGUGACGCCUGCCCCAGUCUCUCAGGUACCUGGCCCUUGGGGAGGAGAGAAGAGGGUCUGGUUUUUGCUGGGGGCGAGUUUCCGGGACGCUCCCAAAGCCCCCGCCCGAGUAGCCCCUGGCGUGGGAAGGGGAGUCCUGGGUAACUUGAUGUUAGCACUUUAAGCCCCUCUGUCUUUGAGGCAGGCGUGGGGGCUGCUGCCAGACGUGGCUGUUGGGUCGGACCCCUCCUUUCUGCCCCCCUCUCCCACAUGCUGGUCUGCAGAGCCCACCUCCCAAGGGGUAGGGCCCCGGGUGGAGCUCAGCAGGGCUUGCCCGCGCCCCGCGCUGGCCCACGAAGGCCUGCGUCCGGGAGCCGUCGGUGAGGGACCCGCGGGGCAGACCCCAGGGCGCGGUGGGCGCCGGCCCGGUCGGGGCCGUCUCUGCAGAUCUACCUCGGGCUCAGCGCACGCCCCCUGCCCGGAGAGGAAGGGGCCCGGAAGGGCUGACCCGCCGGGCCGACACUCAGAGAGUGGGAUGCACUUUAUUUGCUGGUGCGGAGGCAGGUGAGCGCCUCCCGCGUGGCCGCGCCCCCCUGCCCGGCGGCGCUGGAGGGAAGGAGCCGGCGAGCCGGACCCGGGCGGGGCCGCCCCUGCCUCGCGGCCGCGCGCCCUGCGCUUCGGGGCUCUUGGUUUGGGCGUUUUGAUGCCAGUUCUCAGUACAUAAGUGCAUUUCGAAAGAGGCUCCAGCUAUCACUUGUAACCAUAUAUAUAUACAUAUAUAUUCUAUCUACAAAGUGUUUAUUUGCGAGAUGUUUCGACGGUGAGCUCGGGCCCCGCCCGCCUUGUGACCAUCUGUCCCCGGUCCUCGUCCCCGCCCCGCGCCCUGGUCCCGAGUGGCGUGGGGACGGGCCAUCACUGUAUGUACUGAAAUGACUGUAUCAAAUAAAUGUUUAUUGAUUUUUUU